CACGCCACACGCCUCUCUCGUUCUUUCUUUCUCUCUCUUGUCGGUGUUGAGAUCUUGCAGCUUCUGCACUCUAAGCCACACACUAUAGCUUCCUUCAAAGAUAAAAUAAACGAAGGUAUAACAACUCAGUUCUAGGGUUCCAACAAUUAAUGCUUAAUCAAAUUGGAUCUGUACGCAAAGGGAAAGGCAAUGCUAUUGCUUGAUCGUCGUACGGCCGUGGCUGCUUUAUGCUAGUUUUUGCGGUUGGAUUGUGGAAAGAGGCGUGUAUGAGGGAAUUGGUGAAGGAUUCAAGGCGGAGAAUAAGGUGGGAUUUCGGUUUGUUCAUAAGAAGCAGGGGUAUGUGGGGCAAAUGUGGCUGAUGCUUUCUAAUUAUCAUUGUUUUGUUGUCGUUUCUUGUUGAGGUUUUUCUGUAGUUAAUUUGAUCUCAACUGGAAAAAAAAAAAAUCAGAUUCUCGUCGUUGGAACGAACGAUUUACAGUUUACCAGUUCUGGAGGAGAAAACGUAAACAAAAUGCAGCAAGAUCAGAGGAAGAAGAAUUCAACAGAGAUGGACUUUUUCUCUGAAUAUGGUGAUUCCAAUAGAUAUAAAAUUCAGGAAGUUAUUGGCAAAGGCAGUUAUGGCGUUGUUUGCUCAGCAAUUGACACUCACACUGGUGAAAAAGUGGCAAUAAAGAAGAUACAUGAUAUUUUUGAACACAUUUCAGAUGCUGCUCGUAUUCUUCGUGAGAUAAAGUUGUUGAGACUCCUAAGACACCCUGACAUUGUUGAAAUUAAACAUAUAAUGCAUCCACCUUCAAGGAGGGAUUUUAAAGAUAUUUAUGUUGUUUUUGAGCUAAUGGAGUCAGAUCUACAUCAAGUCAUAAAAGCCAAUGAUGAUUUGACUCGGGAGCACUAUCAGUUUUUUCUUUACCAGCUUCUUCGUGCAUUAAAAUAUAUCCACACAGCAAAUGUCUAUCAUCGAGACUUAAAACCUAAGAAUAUAUUGGCAAAUGCAAACUGUAAGCUUAAAAUUUGUGAUUUUGGCUUGGCAAGAGUUUCUUUCAGUGAUACUCCCACGACAAUAUUCUGGACGGACUAUGUUGCUACACGAUGGUAUAGAGCUCCUGAACUCUGUGGAUCAUUCUUCUCCAAGUAUACACCAGCAAUUGAUAUAUGGAGUAUAGGCUGCAUAUUCGCUGAAGUACUAACAGGGAAACCACUCUUUCCUGGCAAAAAUGUUGUUCACCAGCUGGAUUUGAUGACGGAUUUGCUUGGCACCCCAUCAUUAGAUACAAUAUCACGGGUUCGAAAUGACAAGGCAAGGAGGUAUUUAACUAGCAUGAGGAAAAAGCAACCUGUGCCAUUUGCUCAGAAAUUUCCAAAUGCUGAUCCAUUCGCAUUGCACCUAUUGGAAAGGCUACUUGCUUUUGAUCCUAAGGACCGGCCAACUGCUGAGGAGGCAUUAGCAGAUCCUUACUUCAAGGGGCUGGCUAAAGUUGAGAGGGAACCAUCUUGUCAACCAAUAACAAAGAUGGAGUUUGAGUUUGAGAGACGAAGGGUUACAAAGGAAGACAUACGAGAGCUAAUUUUUCGAGAGAUACUGGAAUACCAUCCUCAAUUGCUCAAGGACUAUGUAAAUGGGACAGAGAGGACUAACUUUCUUUAUCCAAGUGCUGUUGAUCAAUUUAGAAGGCAGUUUGCACAUCUUGAGGAAAAUGGUGGUAAAAGUGGGCCAGUAAUUCCACUUGAAAGAAAGCAUGUUUCUCUGCCUAGGUCUACAAUUGUACAUUCAAACUCAAUUCCUCCAAGGGAACAGAACAUUGCUUCCUUGACAGAGCGACAAACUGUGGAGGAAUCAUACAACAAAAAUUACCGAGACUCUGACGGAACUUAUGUAAAUAUAUCAACCCUGCAGGCACAACAGAGAAUUCCAAUGGCUAAACCAGGAAAAGUUGUGGGGUCUGUUGCUCCAUAUGACAACGGAAGUAUCAUGAAAGAUGCCUAUGACCCAAGAACGCUUGUGAGAGGUUCAGUCCUUCCUACACAGGCUCUCCCUCCUGCGUAUGGUUGCCGCAAAUCUAGCACGAAGCAAGAGAAAUCUAUUCUGGAAACUCAAAGGGAAUUGUCUUCGCAAAAGCAAGUCCAGCAAUUUGGCACUGACACAGCUGCUAAAUUUGCACCAGAUAUAGCUAUCAACAUCGACUCAAAUCCCUUUUUUAUGACCCGUGUGGGAAUAAAUAAGGUGGAACCUAUUGAUGAUCGAUUUACAAUCAACACAAACUUGUUACAAGCCAAGGCUCAGUAUGGUGGGAUCAGUGCUGCUGCCUCUGCUACAACUGCAGCUUCUCACAGAAAAGUUGGGACUGUUCAAUAUGGUAUGACAAAGAUGUACUAAAGCACUAAAAGGGGAGUUGUAAUCUUGUGCCAAAUGGAGUGGUCCAUGUAGAGACAAUCGAAGAGGCUGAAAAUCCAGGGAGUUUUCUAUGGGUGGCCGGUGGCUUCAUUACACAGCGAUGGAUGGGGGCAUCUUGUAGGAUCAGGCGUGUAGGGUUCUGUUAGGCAGUAGAUUUGCUAUGAUAGCACAUACUAGCGGUUGUAAAGGAAAAAAUACAUAUAAAUAGGAACGUUCUACAUGGAGUGGUUAAAAAAAUGCGGAAAAGCCUCAUUUCUCUUCUUUCACAAUUUGACUUCUCACAAAUCUUUUCUUUUGGUUAUUAUUUGGGGCCUCCCAUGAAAUGAAUAAACGCUUCUAAAGUUAUCUUUCA